UCCAUCUAAAAUACCCUCAUUUCAGACACCCUUCUGCUUACUUAAUCAUCAUUUUCCUUGUUUAAUUUCUGCUCUAGAGUUUAUUCACAAAAAUAUGGGUCAUGACAGCCAUGGGAUUGAGAACAAGAAAUCAGUUGCUAUAGUUGGCCUGAAGAUCUUAAUUAAUCAGAAGCUUUUUCAGGGCAAGGCAAAUCCUAAUAAUGUUUCAAGAUUCACUAGAGUCAAACCCAUCUUCCACACAGAUCAUACUGAAUCUAGCAGCAGUGAACAAAAUUGUUGCUUCCUCAAAUAUUGUUUCCUUUGCAACAAGACUCUGAGGCUUGACAAACAAGUUUACAUGUACAAGGGUGAUUUGGGCUUCUGCAGUUUGGAGUGUAGGAACAGGCAGAUUUAUUUGGAUGAAAUUAAAGAAAUUGAGAAUUGUACUAAGAAAAUGUUACGAUCUUUUCGCAGCCGUGGAGACGGUGGCCGGUGCAGUGAGACUUCGGCUCUAUUGGAGGAAUACAAGCAACGGCGCAACCCCUUGUCAAAUUCCAAGAAUCGACCUAUAUUCACAUUAUCAUAAUUUAUUCUCAUAAUUCCGUAAAAUAUUCAUUCGAUAUUCCACGUUAAAAAUAUCAUCGCUAUUGUUGGUCCCACUAUUAGAUAAAGCGAUUUGUACCGGGUGAAAAUGUAUAGUUGACGUGACACCAUGAGCUGUUGAAGAUGUUGACGUGGGUGCAUCAGUCCGUGAAAGUCUCCUACGUGAUAAUAAUUGAUGACGAGGAUGAUUUUAACUCUUACUUUUCUUUAUCCAUUUUUGUAUUUUCCAAUGUUGUGUAGAUUUCCGAAGUAAAGAGUACCAAAACAAGUAAAACUCAUGUAUUAUAUACGAGAAAAUUGUUGUUACUUUAUACAUAUUUCAAGCACUGAUCUAGUUGCUUUGUCAAUUUGAGCUAA